CUGUUGUUGUUGUACAUACAAGAAGCGUCGACCGACAGCCCACCGGGGGCAGAUUUCUCUGCUUAGGCCAAUAAUACAUGUAUCUACAGAUGAUACAGCAGCUCUUACUGUGAACAGUAUGGCAGAUUUGGCUGUGGAGAAGAGCAGUGAAGAAAGUCUGAACAGCACCAGUAUUCUUGAGAGACUUCAACAAUAUGGUGAAAGCUGGCUUGAUGAUGAUGAGUACCAGGAGUUUGUUCGUAAAAAACAGUCAAGAUCAAAAACUUCUCAGCAAUCCUCACACCACAGAUAUGCAGGUGAACAGAAUGGGGCCACGAAAACAGAAAAAGUUUUCAGCAGACGACAAAAGAAGAAACUGAAACAGAAAGUGAAUGUAAUUUCAGAAGGGUCUGCAGCAGAAAACAGCGAUGACAUUUUGGAGAAAAAGUUCCCAGUUAAACGGAAACGAAAAAACAAGCAUUUAGAGGAGCUACAAUCUGAACUGGAAUUGAACAGAAAUUUGUCCAAAACCAAGGAGAUUAGGAAAGGUGUUACUAUGAACCAGAGACUGAGCCACGCUGAUGUGAUAAAACCUGUUGGAUCAGACGGAAAAAUAUUUGUGUUUGAAGAUCCUGCGAAAAGAAAACAGAAAAAGAAAUUAGUUAUCUCCCCUGUUUUGGAAGAGCCCUCAUCUUUGACCCCUGAAGUUCCUGCUCAGCCAGAGGUCAAUCUCCAUCAAGCACGACACGACGUCAAAAUGUUUGGAAUCACAGGAUUUCAAGGUCAACAGAAAGAGACAGCUGUCACAGAUAUGCUGAUUAAGUUAGGUGCCAAGCCUCCGAAACGGUCCUUUUGCAGCAUUAAAGAAUUUAUGGAAACAAAACAGAAAAUUGGAACCCCAGCAAUGAACCAAAAAGGUGGCGUGAAUAAUUUAAAGGGAAACAAGAGAAGGUAGGAAGCAUUUGUUUUACAAAGAAUAUUAUUGGAAUGUGUAGCUGUUAUAAGGUAUACCAGCAUGUUGCCUGAUAUUUCUUUCAGAUUAAUAUUUUCAUGAGCCUGAGAUUGAAAGGAAAUAUUCUUCUUUAAGAUGGUGAAUGCGGUAGCUUGUCCAAAACAUAUUAACCAAUCAGAACCCUGGAAUAUUUUCUGAACCGUAAUAAUUGUUAUAUUCUGUCAUAUUAAACACUGUUGUGUUACAACCUCCAACAUGUCCACGGCUUGGCGUGUUACAUGUAUUGUAGACAAUAUUGUGUAACAUACCCUGUGUUAAAUCAUCUAGUUUAUAUUCAUCAAUAGAAAAAUUACGCAAA